GUGUGAUCGACCCGGACCUCGACCGCAUUGCUGUUCUGGGGAAAGGAAAAUUCCACAAUGCUGCUCGGGCUUUGCAUAGGUUUGUGCAUCGUGAGGGUAAAACACUGCCGAUCCCCAUUUCCACGACACCUUUGACUAUUCGCAAGAAAGGGGGUGGAUGCAUGGAUGUGAAUUACCCUAUCCUACGCCUCUCCGACUGGAUGAAAUUCAUCUUGGGGGAAGCUGGUGGGCAGUUCCUGCUGGCUGGCCAUCAUACAUGGGACACCGCUGGUUUCUCAAAAGUCUUCGAGAGGUUCUGGCCGAACUUUCGAUCUGCCGAUCCCAGCCACGACAUAUAUACACGCAAAAGUGUGAACCAGCGAUGCUACACGAUUCCUCUGUGUCUGCACGGGGAUGAGGGAAGAGGCUUAGCCAAAGUACCUGUAAUGAUCACCAAUUUUCAAUGUGUGGUGCCCUGGAUGGGCGAAGAUCAUGUGAACACUCACGGGCCCCGUCGCAGCGAGCACAGCUUCGCCACGAGGCUUUUGCACUCGAUCCUGCCAGCAUCCUGUUAUGCACCGAACGACAUAACGAUUGAUGGGAUUCACUCUGCGAUUGCUGAAGAACUGAUUGAGCUCUUCGAGAAUGGUUUGACUGUGCAGGUCGGCGACAAGCAGAUCACCGUCUUCGUGGCCUUGAUUGCCACGAAAGGCGACUGGCCGUAUGUUCGCAAAGCAUAUCAUUUGCAAACCGGGUUUGCUUCGACUCGCAUAUGCCACUUAUGUCCGGGGGAUGAAUGGUGGGAUUGUGGGCCAGCAUCACAGCUUCGUACGUAUGAGGGUGCAAACCCGAGCCCGUUCAAACGGAAAUUUUCGCCAUUGAGGUCCGUACCAGGAGGAGCGAAUCCAAACCGAAUUCAACCCGAUAUCAUGCAUUGCAUGAAUUUAGGAUUCGGCAAAGAUUUAUGUGCAAGCUCCAUUUUGCUGCUCUGUUGCCUUGGUGAGUUCCCUGGGUCUUCGAUCAAGACCCAACUAGAUGAUGCUUACAACCAAUUUCACAGCUGGUGCCGGCAGAGUGGGAAGACUUCGAGUUUGAAAUGCUUCGAGCUGAAGACAUUCAAGGUGACCUCGCAGCCUGGCUGUGGGUUCGCCCCUAAAUUUCAAAUCCGUGCCUAA